CCGAGUACGGAUGUCUGUUGAAUCAGUGUCGCUCGCUUGCAAAGUUUCCCGCGCUAAAGUUUCCGAUAUUAAAACUGUAAAAUAAAGUGAAGUAAUUAAUGAUAAGUAAGAUUGGUGUUUUUAAUGUGUUGACGUGACCCCUGUUUAGAAAAUUCAAAGCUGAUUAAUUUAACAAUAUAUACAUGUAUAUAAACGCAAUUGGUCUGGACGAGUACUGCAUAAGCAGUUAGAUCGAUAAAAAGUUAUCAACCAACGUGUCAACGAAGGCAAAGCAAGAUAAAAGUGCUUUCCCCAACAAAGAUGUGAAACUAAACGCAUGAUCUCCCGAAAAGCAAAUCGCACAUGAUUUCAAUAGCCAACUUAUCCCACACAUCGAAUCAAUCAAUAAUCUACGACAAUCGAAUACCUAACGUAUAUACAUACAAAAAUGAAACACACAACGAGACAUCGGAAUUAUCUAUCGAUAUAUCGAAUACGACAUUCGAACAAUCGAAUACAUCAUUCGAGAUGUCGAAUGAGAAUUUUACGGAGUACGCUGAAAUACCAUAUUACAUAAAGGCGACAUCUAUGACAUUUUGUAUUGUAAUUAUGUGUUUGGGGGUGAUUGGUAAUGUUAUGGUGCCGAUAGUAAUAUUAAAGACAAAAGACAUGAGAAACUCAACUAAUAUAUUUCUUGUGAACUUGAGCAUAGCAGAUCUAAUGGUACUGUUAGUCUGCACACCAACAGUCCUUGUGGAAGUCAACUCUAAGCCUGAGACUUGGGUGCUUGGGAAGGAAUUAUGUCUGGCAGUACCAUUCGUGGAGUUGACAGUCGCCCAUGCAUCAGUGUUGACGAUCCUUGCAAUCAGCUUUGAGAGAUACUACGCCAUCUGUGAGCCACUUCGAGCCGGUUACGUUUGCACGAAAACUAGAGCCACUCUCAUUUGUGCGUUAGCUUGGUUCUUCGCUGCUCUCUUCACCAGUCCAAUCCUGGCGAUUGCUGAGCAUCACACAGUGACACGGCAAGAUGGCACAGUCUCCUCGCAAUGCCUCACACAAGCUGUUACCUACUGGCAAAUUACAUUCUUCAUUAUGGUCAUAAUACUGCUCUAUGUACUCCCACUGUUAAUACUUAUUGUUCUAUACAGUAUUAUUGCUAAAAAUCUUAUAACAGCAGCAUCUAAAGUUGUAUUAAAUAAAACUGUUGACCCUUAUAAUACAAGAGCUAGAAAGCAAGUCAUAUUAAUGUUGGGAACUGUGGUAUUAUGCUUUUUUUUAUGUCUUAUGCCGUACAGAGUUCUUAUUAUGUGGAUUAUAGUAACACCAUCAGAGUUAUCAGAUACUGUAAGUCCAGAAAAAUGGUACAAUUUACUUUAUUUCUCAAGAAUAAUGUUAUAUAUUAAUUCAGCUAUAAAUCCGAUACUUUAUAAUUUAAUGUCAUCGAAAUUCAGAAUUGGUUUUUGCAAGAUAUGCAUUUGUCAUAAACAUUUCUCUGAAACACAGAAUAGACGUGUACAAAGAACAGCAACUAAUGGCUCAACAACUAGUAGCAGUUUAUCAAGAACUACGAACAGUUUAAAGAAAUUCUUCAGUCAUAGAAGCAGUAUAGAAAAGAGUGAUGAAUCUGAAAGCAAAGAUAAUAACGAAAGAAAACAUGGCUUCUAUAGGAUGUUUACAAGUAAACGAUUCAUUCGACAGCAAUCGGCCCCAAUUUGUCCGAGUCCUAAAGUGAAUAAGAUAAGUAGAAUGAGAAGCGAAGGGAAUAUGCUCGAAGUGGACGCGUUUGAGGUCGAUCGUAAAAUAAGUCGCGCCUAUCAGAAAGAUGUCGCGCCAAAAUUUAUUGGUCAUUCCAAUGUUAGUGCUAAAAAUAGGACAGAUAUAGAACUGGAUUCAUCAAAUCGUUCCCAAGGAUCCUUGAGGCGUAGCGUUUUAAUAAACAGCGCUAAGGGAAAAAGUUUUGAAGGUGACAGUAAAAAGUUCGUUACAUACCAAAAGAUAAGAGUCGAAUGUGUUGUCGGGUUUCAGAAGUCGAGGAGUGUUCCCAUACUAGGCGUCGCCACAUUCACCUACGAGAAAUACGACGAUGGGACCGAAGUACCCGUCUGCCUCACGCAAGCUGACACCUUCUGGUCAGCUUUGUUCUUCAUUCUUAUUAUCGCCAUCUUCUUCAUCAUUCCACUUGGAGUUCUACUCGUACUCUACAGCGUUAUCGCCAAAAACCUCAUGGAAAACCCCGUCAUCAUCGCCCAACACAGCAAGAACUCUAACAAUGCCGGCAAUGUAUUACGUUAUAGGAAACAAGUCAUUCUAAUGUUAGGUACAGUAGUACUAUCGUUCUUUGUUUGUCUAUUACCAUUCAAAGCUCUAACAUUAUGGAUCAUCGUAUUCCCACCGGAGACAAUAAUGUCAUUAGGAAUAGACGGGUAUUAUAUACUUUUAUAUUUUUGUAGAGUUAUGCUGUAUUUAAACUCGGCUAUAAAUCCAAUAUUAUAUAAUUUAAUGUCAUCUAAAUUUAGAGAUGGUUUUGUAAAAUUAUUAAAAAUAAAUAAACUGAUGAGAUGUGGUAGAAAUUUAAGAGAGAAUAUGCAAAGAAGGGAUACGUUCAAUACGACCACAUCGACUGGGUUUUCCAGUAGUCAGAACACAUCAGAGUCUUUUUGGAGGAGAUACAGUAACAGAGCAUCGUCACAAAAGUACUUUUUAAACAGGAGUAGUACAAAAACAAAAGAAGUUAAAGAAAUAUUCGAUACAAAAGUACAACAAGUUAAAAUCGGUGAAAUAAUCAAUGUUGAAAACACAAGACGGAACAGUAUGACGAUGAUAUCAGCUAUGAAUGAACUGAACGAUAAUUUAGGUGAUAUAAUAAAAUUUGAAGAUAAAAAACGUAAUAGUCUUAAAUUUAUAACAACUGUUAAUGGAAUUGUUGAGAAUGGUAGAGAUGUUAAAGUCGAUGUACAUGAGAAUAAUCUUAACAAUGAAUUAGAAGAAACAAUUGAUAGUGCUGCCAACAAACAAAUACAGAUAUUAAAUUUAGAUGUUAAAACAAAUAGCGUGUAUUCUGUUACUCUAGACUUAAUUGAUACGAAUGAAGUAAGGAACAGGUUCGUAUGUGUGCCAUCACAAGACAAAGAGAGUAAAAAUAUAUUUGUAUACGACUUUAAAAGUAACGAAAGUUUUGUCUAAAUUUAAAUUAGUUUCGAAGCAUUUGAUGCGUCAAGUAAAUAAUGCAUUUAUGUAUAUUAAAUACAGAUUUAUAAAGUUAUUGCAUGUUCCUAUAUCAUUUCAAAGCGGAUUUUUAUA